AUGGCAGUUAAUACAACUGAUAUACGUUGUUUCGAUCGUUAUGAAAGAAAAGAUGUUGUUAUUAUUGGAAAUGGCCCAUCCGCUAUCGCCCUUUCAUAUCUUCUUUCUGGACAUAUUCCUUAUUGGAAUGGUUGUCCAGUAUCAAAUGAUUAUCUUAAUAUGAAAUUAGAAAAACAUGUUAAAGAUAAUUCAUUAUUUGAACAGGAUUUGGAAUUUUUAUCCGAUGGCCUUGAAGGUCGUUCACGAAAUCCCGUUUCAUUACUUAUUGAUAAUUUAAUUCAUCCUGAUGCUGAUCUAGGUGCAAAUUUACAAUCAAAAAUAAAAUGGCGUCAUGAUCCAUUAUCAGCUAUUGAUCAUAUUUGUAUUGGGCGAGGAGGAAUUGGUGGAGUUUGGAAUCGAUUAACAUCGAAACAAUUACAUACAGUAAGCAUGGCUACUUGGAUGGAAUUACCUAAUUAUUCAAUGUCGACAUUUCGACAAAAAUAUCGAGCUUGUCGAUUACGUCAAGCGACAAAUAACGAAAAUGCAUCAAUAAUAAAUGAUGAUACAUCAUUACGAGCAACUUAUGACGAAAUUCGUUCAUAUUAUAUUAAUUAUGUAAAAAAACAUCGUUUAAUAAAUUAUUUUCGUAAUGGUCAUGAAGUAGUAUCUAUUGAACGUGUUUGUAUUGAUGCUCCAUUCUAUGAUGAUCUAACCCAAGAAAUUCGUACACCUGAAGCAUUAUGGGAAAUACGAGGUUAUGAUGAACAGACUAAAAUUCCAUUUAUUAUGCAUGCUAAAUAUGUUGUUUUAGCAACAGGUAUUCCACAACAAAUAACAAAACCAUUAGGUAUUAUUGGUGAGCAAGCAAGUCAUUCAUUUACUUAUACAUGUUUAACUGAUAUUGAAGAUAUUAUUGUAAAUAAAAAACGAUUAACAAAAAAUAGUAAACCAUUACUUAUAAUUGGAUGUGGUUUAACAGCUAUUGAUGUUCUUCUCUUAUGUCAACAAUAUUUAAUACCUGUUGUACAUGUUUUUCGUCGUGCAAUUGAUGAUCAUGAACUUGUACUUAAUCAAUUAUCAGCUACGGUUUUUCCAGAAUAUGAAUAUAUUAAAGAAUUAAUUAAACAAUCAACAAUGUCAACAACAUCUACGUCAGUAGAAUGGUCCUAUCAAUGUUGUAUACAGAGUGAAAUUAUUUCAAUAACAGAAGAUGGUACAGUACAUAUACGUAAUCUUCGAACACAAAUUACUACAGAAUAUGAAAUAUCAUUAAUAGCUAAACUUACUGGUGCUGAAUCCCAAAUUCCUUUUUUUCGAUCGUUAACCACGAAUAAAAACAAUGGUCUUAAUAUCAAUCCGUAUACAUAUGAAUGUACAGAUUUAGAGAAUAUUUAUGCGUUAGGUGCGUUAGCUGGUGAUAAACUUGUUCGAUUUUUACAAGGUGGUGCUUUUGCAUGUGCAGCGAAUCUAUUUAAAAAAUAUCGACAAAUAUCAACUGAUAAUAAAUUAUCUUCUGUUGUUACGUCUAGAACUAGAAUUGUUGUAUAA